CUCUGCCCACUGGCAUCUUCUCAAAAUCUCCAUUUUUUUUUCUCAGCUCCUCCAAUUCAUCUUCUCUCUCUCUCUCCAUCUGCAAAAAUCCUUUCUCAGACAGAAAAGAAAAAAAGAAGAAAAUGGAGUCAAGAACAGCUUUGUAUUAUACUGGGUGUGAAGAACACCAGUACCAACCCCAUUUUCUUGAUGCUUGCUUCCUUUGCCAGAGAUCUUUGGGUCCUAACAGUGACAUCUUCAUGUACAGAGGGAAUACACCAUUUUGCAGCCAAGAAUGCAGGCAAGAACAGAUAGAGAUGGAUGAGGCUAAUGAGCAGAGACAAAAGCUUUCAUCUUCAUCUUCUUCUUCUUCUUCCUCUUCCAAGAGAUCAUCAAAAACACAAAGACAGACAGCAACCCAGGAAUCCACAACCAAGGAAACUGACACCAAGAAAGCUGUAAGAACAGGCACAGUGGCUGUGGCUUAAUUAAUCACACUCCAGAGCUCAAAAGUAUAAAUUAUCUGUAAAUAAUACUGGUGGAUAUCAGAUGGAGAGAUUGAGAGAGAGAAAGAUCCACCAGACAAUUUUGAAUCUUUUUUUUUCCUGGGUAUUUAUGUUGCUGAGAUCUAUGUUUAUACAUAAAUUGAGCUCCCAAGAAAUGGGGUGUUCUUGCCGCCUUGGAAUUUGCAGUCUUUAAUGAUGUUUGUUUACAAUAUAUGCAAAUCUGAGGCUGAUGAACAGUGUUCACAGUUA